UUUGACACGCACUACACAACACAACCGUCCGUCAUGACGCAAGUUACUGACGCUCACCCCGCCCCGCACGAGCUCACCAAGCUGCUCUCACCGGACGAAAUCCCCACAGACUCCAGACACAACCUCCCAAAACACGCGGGCCUUAUCGCCCUCGGAGCCCUGAUCUGGUCGUGGGUGCUGCAAGCUGAAGCUUCCCAAGGUCUUCAGGCAAUCGAGUUCAACAAACCGUUUUUCAUCGUGUGCUUCAACCACACGGCGCCGGUAUUGCUACUCCCAUUCCUGAUCGGCUACUUUUGGCUUCGAGGAGAAGAGAUUCGCCUAGAUUUUGUUGGGGUGCUUGGACGACAUUCGGUGAUUCCCCUGUCAAAACUCUGGAGGAUUGCGGUGUUUCUCAGUGUUUUCUACGCCGUCACCGACUACUUCUGGUAUGCGGCGCUGGCCAACGUGAGCGUGGCGGCUGGAACCGCCAUUUUCAACUGCUCGCCGCUGUUUGUGUACUGCUUCUCGAUCUGCUUUCUGCACGAGCAACCGUCGUUCGGCAAAUUAUGCGGCGUUUUCACGUCGUUUGUUGGAGUCGCACUCGUGGUCGUGUUUCAGGAUGGCAAUGAUCUGGAUGCGAUUGCAAGCACGGGAACUGUGGCAGGGCUGAUGGUGGUGCUAUCAGCGGCGCUGUACGGAGGCUACGAAGUCGCAAUUCGUCUGGUAGUGGGCGAGGAUAUCACGGACACAACAACAUUGUUGAUCAUGACUGGACUUUCCGGGCUAUUUACUAUUCCGCUCUGGAUUGCGGGUAGUUUGAUGCUAGCCUACAGUCCAUUCGAAGUCUUGUACGAACCGCUGGGACUGCCAUACAGCCCACAUGGGCUGGUUUUGAUGCUGGCUUGUGGUUUGAUGGCUAUCAUAUUCUGCAUUUCGCUUACGCUAUCGCUAUGCUGGACGUCUCCGUUGGAGACGAGUGUCGGGUGCAUGCUCACGAUCCCGUUGUCGAGAAUUAUCGACACUGUGAUACACCACACCUCAUUUUCGUGGGAAUGUAUCGCUGGGUCAGCUUUCGUGAUGACGGGUUUUGGGAUCCUAGAAUAUUGCAGCUCUAAAGACACAUCACUACAGUCAGAUCCUAACAAAAUUGAGCAUUCAGGCGCACUCGCCUAAGAAGUUAUGGAGUAAACUCGCAAAUAUGCAGUAACGUUCAAUAUGUGAAAGUUGCCCGCCUUCCUACCUUUGGCUCGAACCCUGAACGGACUAGAAGUUCACCAGAGUAGAAUAUAGUCAUCUUGGCUGUUACUCGUAAAAUAUUACUUCGAAGUACUUAGUAG